AUGAUGAUGGUGAAUUUAUAAUUUGCUGUGGCUGAGUUUUUAGGGGUGCAUCAUCUGGGGGCAGUAGAGGCAAUACUAAGACAUGGAGAUAAGUUGCUAUCUUCUUAAAAAGCCUGCUCUGGAGCAUCAGCUGGUUCUUUAGUGGCCACUGCUCCUGAUAAACUACAAGAUUGUAAGGAAUUCACCAACAGAUUUGCUGAGAAUGUCAGAAGGCAGAGAUUCGGAGCAGAAUAUGACUUCAUGCUUGAGUUGCAGGAAGGCAUAGAAUAGAUUCUCCUGCCUAAUGCCCACCAGUUAGCCAAUGAAUGGCUUCAUGUUUCAAUAACGCACUCAAAGACGCUCAAGCACACUAUGGUGUCCAACUUCACCUCAAGAGAAGAACUCAUUAAGGUGCACUUGGCCAGCUGCUUUGUGACUGUCUAUGCUGGAGUGAAGCCAGUGGGGUUCCAAAGGCAGAAAUAGAUUGAUGGAGGAUUCUCAGACAGUCUUCCUAUUCUUUCAAUAGGACGCACAAUCACAGUUUGACCGUUUAGCGGUCCUCAGGAUAUUUCCCCAGCUCAUAAGGGCAUAAGUAAGCUUCACCUCAGACUGGCCAACAUGAGAGUAACUAUUGGGAUAGACCACAUUGUAAGGCUGAACCAGGCCCUUUUUCCUCCCUCAUUACCAAGACUAAAAGCACAGGACCAGGAAGGAUACCAGGAUGCUGUUCACUUUGUCCUUGAGGACAACCAUGGAGAACAAGCCUUUGAAGUAGAACCACAAGAGAGGAUAUUUGAACUUUGCAAGUCUCCUCACCACUCUGAACAAUUGCUUUACUCGCACUUGACUCUGGGAGAGCGCUAUGAUAAUUUUUUGCCUUUUUUAUGA